AUGGCCAGUGUCCUUGCUGCAUUGCGUGUUAAUGAGAGGUUGAGGGGACUGGGAGGGGAAGAUGUCGAGAGGGGAGCUGUUAGUGGAAGCGGGGAAUGCCAUCGUGAUGGAUGUGAAGAAUGUGACACUGGCAGUUGUAUGUGUAACUGUUGUCAACGUAAACGCGCUGAAGCUUCCAGUCAACAACUUGCCGCCCGUCAAGAGCUGUCUAUUUCCACCUCCCGUGCCCCCGGUGCCUCCUUCCCCAGCGCUGAGCGUCAGACCUUCCAUCAACAGCAUACCACAUCAUCUUCCGCCAACGUCCUCCCGAUCAUCAUCGCCCCCGUCGCCCUCGUCAUCGUCGUCAUCUGCGUCAUGAUCUACUUCCGCAUCCGGCCGUUCCACAGGAGUAAUGAUUGCGUUGAUGUUAAUUACAUGAGCCGUGAGGUGACUAAACGCUGA